AUGUAUGAGGACGCGAGUGGCGCGCGCGUGAUCGCUGUGCUCGAGCUACCGGGCAUGAAGCAAGAGGACAUCUCUGUGCGCAUCGAGGAUGGUCAGCUCAUCGUCCAAGGCGAGCGCCCCUUCCGAAACAUGGCGCGUUCAUCGCCGUCUCCCAGCGUUUCCGAUGACGGCUCCGCUGUUGUCGCGCCAUCUAACGCACUGGCUAUCCCGCGUGGAUAUAGAACUCAAGAAAUAAAGUAUGGGAUGUUCCGCCGCGCUAUUAGCCUGCCUCUUAGCACUCAGGCAGAGCAUGUUCAGGCUUCGCUGAGCGAGGGCAUGCUGACCAUCUCCUGGCCUCGCGAGGAGAUCGACGAACCUGCUGUCGAAUUGCCCACUGAGCUCGUUCGAUCUGGGACUCCUUUCAAUACCGUUUCCUUUGUCGAGAGCGGAUAG